CACAGUUCAAAUUCCCAGCAUGCAUGUACUGAAAAUCCUAUUUAUUGUUGUCACAGCGGCGGCCCUGACAAAGGCGAAGACCUUUGCCGAAGUCACUCACAACAAAUGCCGUCGAAUGUAUGGCUUAAGUGAUAAUGAGACCACGACCAUGACCAAUUUGUUGGCCACGAUUCCAAACGACAUUGAUGUGAGAUAUAAAUGCUAUAUGCACUGUAUCAUGAUCGGCUGGGGUCAUUUGGAUGAGGAUGGACGUUUUCGAAUCGAGUGGAUAAAGGAGGAUCAACAUCUUUCCGAAGAUCAUUUAAAAGUAUUGGGAAACUGCAUUGAGCGACAUAACGACAUCGAUGAUCAGUGUGAAUAUGUUUUUACGGUAACAAUUUGUGCAAUGGAGGGAUACAAGGAUUUAGAAUAAACAAA